AUAUCGGCAGACAGCGCUAUCAAUUGAUUUUUGUACACUAACAAGUAACAUCAGUCAACACAUAUCAGUAUUAAUUUACACGCUUGUGGUUCAGUACUUGCGCAGUCUGUGUCAGUAUUGACAAUACUCACUAACAGGGCACAAUCUCUUUACAAUGUAAAUUUCCAAGUCAAGCCCGAAAUAUUUUGAAUUUUAAUAACAAAUCAUAUUAUAUUUACAAAAAUGAGUGAUGAAAAGCAGCCUCUUUUAAUUGGACCCGGUAUACCUCUGGAUAGCACAGAGGUUCAAACUGUGGAACUUGUAUCAAAUUCAGAAUUGACUAUUAAAGAUGAAAAACCAAAGAAAUCUGAUUAUCAUCCUGCCUCAGAACGCUAUUUGGAACAUCCGACAUCUAAUCUAGAUACGCUCAUCCAUCUAUUAAAAGGAAAUAUUGGUACUGGCAUACUAGCUAUGCCAGAUGCUUUUAAAAAUUCUGGUUUAUUUUUGGGUGUAAUUGGAACUUUAUUUAUGGGGACAAUUUGUACCCAUUGCAUGCAUAUGCUUGUUCAAUGCUCUCAUGAACUAUGCAUCAGGAACCAGAGGCCAGCUAUGAGUUUUGCUGAAGUUGUUGAGGAUGCGUUUGCUAUGGGACCCAUAGCUCUGCGUCCAUAUGCCAAGAAAUUUAGGACUAUAGUCAAUGUAUUUCUUGUUAUCACACAAUUAGGAUUUUGCUGUGUUUACUUCUUGUUUGUUGCUACUAACCUUCAGGAUACAAUGCAUUAUUUUCAUAUUAAUCUCAGUGUACACAGUUACUUAGCGAUAAUAUUUCCACCGAUGCUAGCACUUGGUCUGCUAAAGAAUCUUAAAUACUUGACUCCAGUAUCUCUGAUCGCUGCUAUUAUGACCGCCUGGGGUCUUAUUAUAACAUUCUAUUAUAUUCUACAAGAUUUACCUCACACCAAUACAGUCAAGGCAUUCGCAAGCUGGCAUCAAUUGCCGUUGUAUUUUGGAACAGCUAUAUAUGCAUUUGAAGGUAUAGGAAUGGUGUUGCCAUUAGAAAACAACAUGAAGACCCCUGAAGAUUUCGGUGGUUGGACCGGCGUUCUCAAUACUGGCAUGGUUAUAGUAGCCGCUUUGUACACCGCGAUCGGAUUCUUUGGAUAUCUCAAGUAUGGAGAUCAUGUACUCGGAAGCAUCACCCUCAAUCUACCCAACGAUCUAAUGGCACAAAGCGUGAGAGCUGUAAUGGCGGCCGCAAUAUUCCUGUCAUAUGGACUUCAAUUCUACGUGCCCAUGAAUAUUGUAUGGCCGUAUAUUAAAUCUAAAUUAACUUCGGAUAAAGCACUGGAACACGGCGAGGCUGUGACGAGAUUCGUUCUUAUUUCUAUAACCUUUACAGCGGCAACUUUGAUACCGAAUCUGAGCAGCAUUAUAUCACUCGUUGGAGCCUUCAGCAGUUCAGCAUUGGCGUUAAUUUUCCCGCCAUUGAUAGAAAUCAUGACGUUCUGGCCCGACAGACUAGGAACCAACGAUUGGAUGCUCUGGAAGGACGUAGCAAUCAUCAUCUUCGGUAUAACCGGCUUUGUCUUCGGCACGUACGCGAGUUUGGAAACAAUUUUGAAAAUUUAAAUUAAUUACCUAAUUCCACUUAACAUGACAAUAAUAUUAAAUAUUUUAUCGAUGUUUUUUAAUUCUUAUUAGUCAAUAGGUAUAAUCAUACAAAGCUGAAAGUGAUCAAAAUAUAUUUAUUUACUUUAAGUGAUUUUAGUAUUAAAAUGUUUAUAAAUAAAUUGUAGAUCUUUAUAAUCUUUCUGCUAUUAGAUGUAGUCGUUGGACAGAAUAUAUUUAUCUCAGACUAUUUAAUGCUUAAAAACUAUUUACAAUCGCUUGGUGUACAAAAUGUAAUAAUGUGAGUCAUACCAAAGAAAAUUAUUUGAUUUGACAAAAUUCCAAUGGGGAUUGAAUCUAUGCUUUUAUCAUGAGGCUCAUUUUAUAAUUUUAUCUACUUUUAGGUAAAUUUUCUUCUAUAUAUUUAUUUGUAAAUAUGUCUUUUGUGGACGAUUUAAAAUCUGUACCUGUCUAUAGAUUAAUUGAAAAGAAACAUUAUUUAUUAUUAUAUUAUUUUAGUGAUGUGAUCUUAUUAAUACAGGUAGCUAUUUAUUUUAUUUUAACAUGCAAAUUUAUAUUUCGUGGCUUUAAAUGUUUUUUAUAAUUGAUUUUAUUAUUAAUAGAGAUCUUAUAAAGUAUGAUUUUGAUGUAUUAACAAUGUCUUAAUACACUUAAUACAGUCAUAUUUUUUUUCUUAUACAAGUCGAAUAGCACAAUAAUCCAUACAAUAAAUACCAGUUUAAAUAAUACUGCUAUAUGUGAAUUGAUGCAAUAAAAUGUAUACCGCAUAGCUUCUAUGAUAUAAAUAAAGUGAUUUAGUCUGUGA